AUGCAGUCAGCUUUUGACGCGGUUCCAUUUGACAUAUGGCAUCAGGUGGUUCAUUAUCUGGAUCCAAACGACUAUAUCAACCUGAGUCUCGCAAAUAGCAAGCUCUACAACCUAUUAAAGGAUGAGAUUACUGCUCGCAAGGCUGUAAAGGCACAUAUCGCUCACACGGUUGAAGGGGACCUUGCUUCUGUGAAGGAGAUCACGUACCGUGAAGCUCUUGGGAGAGUUUAUGAUAUUCGCGAGUCUAUAGCCACUGCUCAGCCAUACUCUACAAGCUUACUCGCCGUUGGCCAGGAUUUCCUUUUCAACCAAGGAGUUGUUUGCUACAUCAGCAAUGGGCAGAUUCGGACUUUGAACCUCCUUCAGGCUGCCGAAUUUGAACAGGUGGUCGAUUUGGAUGAAGCGUUUGACCCUUACCACCCCCGCUCUAAGGGCCACCGGUAUCCUGAUCUCAAGUACAAGUUACUGUACUACAACGAUGGAAUCGUUGCGUGUUUGUGCGAGCCUCAGUCCCGAGACGUGGCAUGGUUACUAGCAAUAGACGUGAAGCUAGAAUUUGCGACCAGCAGAAAGGGAUAUCGAAUCAGAUAUUGUCGCCCCAUGGCUUCGACUCGCAACCUCUUCGUGCGUCAUAACCGCUCAGUUAUGUAUUAUGGCACUCACUCUGGUCGCGCACGACAUGGGCAUCGUGAAUGGGUUUUGCAUGGAUUUGACUUCGUGACGGCCUCUGACAUAAACAUCCAGCCCAUUCAGCUGGACAAUUUUGCAGGGUCAGAAAUUGGAUCGACUGUAUGCUUUGAGAUCAAGGAUCGUUACCUCUACGCAGUUUCGAACCAGACUUCUUUCGAAGAUGAGGAAAUUGAUUGGACUUCGUACUAUAUCUGUGUACGAUUCCCACUCAACAAACCGACAGACAUCAAGUGGCAGCGUAUUUGGAGACGACAACACCGUGAGGGCCCGAUCAAUGAUAACUGGACCAAACUGUCUCUCCGUGUGGAUCAUACAACACGCCAAUUGAAUAUCGUGGAGUGCAGACAUGAAUGGCAGAAUGGGGGAAGUGAGAAUUUUCGCAUCAACUACAGCCAACCUCUCGACUGUUUCGACCCAGCGGAAACUCUGGAAGGUCUUCUUAAGGCGGCAUUCUCUACCUCACCUGCUAAGCACGGUUUCCCCAAGUAUUUGCCAGUUCGCUCCCUCCCCGACGAACCACUAGCUAGGACCCUUGACCCAUUCAGCAAGCCAAACUACGAGCCGCCUAGAAAACGACUUAAGAAGUUUUAUCAUCUCGAAUAUACUCCAGAGGAAGCUCAGUCUCCUGAGCGCCGGGACUUUACUCUCUCUAAUACGAAAUAUCACACCUAUAAUCUCAUGGCCUCUGCAUUUAUCGACAUCGUGAACGACCCGCCGCAACAAGUCAAGUCAUUCACCACACCGCCGGACAGACUCCGACUGCGCAUUGGAUCCCGCAAACGCCAAUUCCAGCAGUACGAAAUGGACGAAGAAGGCGAGAGUGCUGCGGCGUACCCUCCCACUCCCACUAGCAUGAUUAGCUCUCCUAUCACGCAAAGUGACGAAUGUUUUAAGUCUCGUGGCAUCAAGAUGUGGCCUGCUAACGACGCCCCGGCGGAGUUAUUGGAGCUUUUAUGCCCAUCAAAGAAAGCAGGAAAGGUUGUCGGCACUUCUGAUGAGCGGUUUAUGGUCUAUUCAACCGAUUCUGGGUUGGGUGAUGGGACGAAGGCAAUUAUUAUGAUUAGCUUUGAUCCAUCCAUUGGUUUAAAACAUAUGAAGCGCUUAAACCAGAGACCAUUUGGACGACGCAAACCAGACUCAGAGGAAUACGGAAGCGACGCGGAUAUCUCUACAGCUCAGAGUAUGUUCGAUACCCAUCCUGAGCCCACCUGGUUCCGGGUUGAGCCAGCAGAAUACUUGCGUCUUGACAAGGGCCUCUGGCUUAGAUAG